CUAUCUAUUUAUGCUAAAAAAGUUCUACAUAUUGUUGUAAAAAAAUUAGUAGAAAAUCAACAAUCCGUACAUCAAUUAAUCAUAAUAAAUCAUAAUAAAAAACAUUUAUAAUGGAAUUUGAGGAGUGAGCGCGUGCGCUAUGAAUGAUACUAAAAAAAACCUGCAAUUCGUCGUCGACAAGGCUAAUUACACCCCAAAUUGCAAAUAUGAAAUAUCAUAUUGUUAAAAUUUCGCUAAUCAACCUUUCCAAAUUCCGAGACGACGAGCCACCGGCGGCAACGGCCGCCGCUGCCUUCUCUCUCCACUCAGCAGCCUUUUCCCUCAUCAUCUUACCUCUAUCCCCGCCCAACAGUUCUCUCACCAGAAACCCUACUUCAUCUCUCCUCACAUCGUCCCCGAUUUCCAUCCCGACACCCCAUACCUCGCACGUGUACCUGCAAUUCAGCUUCUGGUCGGCGAAAAACGGCCAGCAAAGCAUCGGUACACCACUACACAAGCUCUCCACAAUCGAAUUCCAGCCGCAAUGCGUCAAAAAUCCUCCCACGGCAGGGUGGCGGAGGACCUCCUCCUGCGGCGCCCACCCGGCGACGAAGCCUCUAUUCCCAACCUCCGCCCAGAACUCCGGCGGCAGAGCGGCGGCCUCCCCGCGGACCAGAUCCGGCCGGACUAUCCACAGGAAACUCUUCCCGCUUCCUGCAAGUCCCCAGGCAAACUCACUAAGCUGUUUUGGAUCUAAAACAGUAAUGCUUCCGAAAUUGACGUAGACGACAGAGUUUUCGGGUUGGGAUCCGAGCCAGUCGAGGCAGGCCCGAUCUUCUUUCCAGAGGCUCAAUCCGACCGAUUUCAGAGCGUUGUCUGCCGGAAGUUGGUCUAGGAGGAGGUGGAGGGAUCCGACGGUGUGGAUUUGGGGGCAGAUGGAGGAGAGAGAAGCCAAAACGUUUUGCUCCAGUGCAUCUAUGGUGUUGAUGACUAUGGCUGCUGCUUUUGAUGAUUGAGCAUAUGCUGUUAUGACGAAGUCCAGCAUGGGAUCUUUUGGAUCAGUGGUUUGAAUGGUGCUUGAGAAAUGCUUGAGGCGCAGAGGAAUCACACCUGGAAUCCAAUCUAUUGGAGUUUCCAGCAUAACACAUGGAACUCCGACCCGCUCGGCCGCAUCCAGCGCGAAAUCCAUUGCGGUGUCUGCUAUAACACAGGUGACAGGUGGCACGUCCGAGUUGAGAUUGUGUAUGAGUUCGUUAAGUGGCGCCAGACAGUUGUCUCUGGUAGAGAGACAUAAAGAUCUGAUGUCCUGGGUGGAGUUUGCGGCAUUCUCUGGCUGCGUAGGGAGGCCUUCGGGUAUGGAGACAAACCGGAAGGUCGGGUGGGAAGGUAGGGGGCCGUGGGAUUGGUGGAGGCGAGUGAGGUUGUAAUGGGUGUGGACAAAGGUUAUGCGGACGCCCUUAUGGUGGAGGAGUAUAGCCAGCCUUAGCAUGGGGUUGAUGUGCCCUUGAGCCGGAAAAGGUACGCAGAUUGCAUGAGGUACCUUUUGUGUUCUGUUCUCUGAUGCCGAUCCCAUCACUGCUCUGAGCGGU